AUGAACUCUCUCCUCGCCUUCGCCGUGCUGUUUGCUUGGGGCUUGUCCCCAGCUCACGGGAGCCUCUGGGACCUGUACAAAAUGAUCACGAAGGCGACGGGGAAGAACGCCUUGCUGCAUUACUCCUUCUACGGCUGCUACUGCGGCUUGGGGGGCAAAGGGAAGCCCAAGGACGCCACGGACAGGUAA